AUGUGGAGGAAGCAUCAGGAAAGAGUUGGUUCGGUUAGGGAGGAAUUAAACUGGAGUAGCCUUUGGAAAAUAAUAGCUCCGGCAAGAGUGAAACGUCUUAUGUGGAGAAUUUGCAUUGAUUGUCUCCCAUCUAAGUCGGCAGGUCUUUCUCGUCUUCAUAUUUUUCAGGAUAUCAGGUCGCUUAUCCUUGAUAUUUGUUUGAAGGAGGAUAGGAAAAUCGCAGGAAGAGUUGCGGUUAUGUUGGAAGGUUUGUGGAAGAAUGGGAACGACUUUGUUUGGCAUAAUGAUAAGGAAGAUGCUUCUAAACUUGGUUGGUUAGCAUUCCAUAAGUGGCAAGAUUGGUUUGUGGCCCAAAAUCUGUGGGAAUCGCAGUUAGAUAACGGAGAGUUGGUUCAUUGGAAUCCGCCUCCUUUUGGUUACUUUAAAUGUAACGUCGAUGCCGCCUUUAAUCAGCGUGUCGGAUCUACGAAUCGAGGUUGGUGUAUUCGUAAUGAUCAUGGUAACUUUAUUGCUGCAGGUACUGCGUGGGAUAGUUGUACUUUCUCUGUGUUAGAGGCAGAGGCCUUAGCUCUCAAGGAAGCAAUCCAAGUUAUUUCUACGUUUCAUAAUGCCCUGAUGAUUUUUUAG